UAGUUAGGACGAAACAUAAGUUUAAAAAAAACAAAACAAAAUUUAUGAAAAAAAAAAAGACACUCUUAUCUCAUUUUGAGAGAUCACGUUGAGUAGGUAGGAGGUGAUUUGCCCAUCAUUUUGGGGUCAGCCUCUGAAAUCAUAGAGAUGCUCUUCUAUUAUUAUAUUAUAAAAAAGAAAAGAAAAAAAAUACUUCCAAAUAUCUCGCAAUAACAAUAUCAAACCCCAAAUCUCUGAUAACGAUUUCCCAUUGAUCAUAACAUCAUAUGCUUGUGUGUGUACAUAUAUAUAUAUAUAUAUAUACAUUUGAUAUAUACACAUUUGACAAAGCAACAGAGAGACAGAAGAGAGGAAGAGACUAAAAGAGAGUUUUUCUUUUUUCUUUUAUAUUUUCAUUUGGUUAAACAUGGCGGCUUUGAAGAUGUCCUCUUUUCUCUCAAGCUCACUUUGUUCUGCUUCUCGUUCUGCUUUGUUUCUCAAAGGAAGGACUCCUUUUGCAGUAAGAGCAGUUGCUAAUUAUGGCACUGCUGCUGCUAUUGAGGAGCCAAUCAAGCCAUCUGUCAGCAUUGAGCACACUAAGCUUUUGAUCAAUGGGCAAUUUGUGGAUUCAGUAUCAGGCAAAACCUUUCCAACAUUUGACCCCAGGACCGGGGAGGUGAUUACACAUGUUGCCGAAGGCGGUAAAGAAGACGUAGACCUCGCUGUGGCUGUUGCUCGAAAGGCAUUUGAUGAGGGACCGUGGCCAAAGAUGACUGCCUAUGAAAGGUCGCUAGUACUCUUGCGUUUUGCUGAUUUGCUGGAAAAGCAUACGGAGGAACUUGCGAAACUCGAGACUUGGGACAACGGGAAGCCAUAUGAACAGGCUCUUAAUGUCGAACUGCCUAUUUGUGUACGUCUAAUCAGAUACUAUGCAGGUUGGGCGGAUAAGAUUCACGGCUUGACAGCUCAAGCCGAUGGACCGCAUCAUGUGCAAACACUGCACGAACCAAUCGGUGUUUGUGGCCAGAUUAUUCCAUGGAACUUUCCACUGCUCAUGUUUGUUUGGAAGGUGGGGCCUGCUUUGGCGACUGGAAACACUAUUGUUCUGAAGACAGCGGAGCAGACUCCACUGUCUGCAAACUUCGCUGCAAAGCUCUUACUACAGGCUGGGCUUCCUGAUGGCGUUCUCAAUGUGAUUUCUGGUUUCGGUCCAACUGCUGGAGCACCUCUUGCCAGUCAUAUGGAUGUUGACAAGCUUGCUUUUACUGGUUCAACUGAGACUGGUAAGAUUGUACAGUCACUAGCUGCGCAAAGCAAUCUUAAACCGGUCACUUUGGAGCUUGGCGGAAAAUCCCCCUUUAUCAUUGCGGCUGAUGCUGAUGUAGAUCAGGCUGUUGAGCUUGCACAUUUUGCACUAUUCUUCAAUCAAGGACAAUGCUGUUGCGCUGGUUCUCGUACAUUUGUACACGAGAGCAUAUAUGAUGAGUUCGUGUCAAAAGCAACAGCGCGAGCUAUAAAACGUACGGUUGGAGAUCCAUUCAAGGCAGGCAUUGAACAAGGUCCUCAGAUUGAUCCAGAACAAUUUGACAAGGUCCUGAGUUACAUAAAGUCUGGAAACGAAAGUGGAGCUACACUGGAAACUGGAGGAAACAGAAUUGGCUCAACGGGUUACUUUGUGGAGCCCACUGUUUUCUCAAAUGUCACGGAUGACAUGAAGAUAGCAAAGGAUGAGAUAUUUGGCCCAGUUCAGUCCAUCUUGAAAUUUAAGGAUCUUGAUGAGGUGAUCAGAAGGGCAAAUGCCACUCGCUAUGGGCUUGCUGCUGGGGUAUUUACCAAGAACAUCGACACUGCUAACACCCUCACCCGUGCAUUGCGUGUCGGUACCGUAUGGGUCAAUUGCUUUGAUGUCUUUGAUGCCGCAAUUCCUUUUGGUGGCUACAAGAUGAGCGGAAUUGGAAGAGAAAAGGGAAUUUACAGUCUCCAUAACUACUUGCAAGUGAAGGCUGUUGUCGAACCUCUCAAGAACCCGGCAUGGCUAUAAGUUCUUUGACCCUGGCCUUCUCUUGGUUUUUUUGUUUUUUUUCUAUUUUCUCUCUUGAAGGCAUUGUCAAAAUAAAGAGUUGCAUCAUCAAGUAACGAAGUGUGAGUUCAAUGGCAAUGGUGAUAAAAGUAUGCGUUGUUU